GGAGGAAAAUGUGGAUGUUUUCUAAUUGAACCGCCUCCUCCAACCCCCCCCCAAAGCUUGUCUUUUCCGUGAUGGAAGGUAUGAAAAAACCCUCAAGAACUGCCACCGUCACAGCCACCAUCAUCAACGCCUUGCUGAGCAACAAAGCCUGUUCACAAAGCUUCCGUCUCUCCAAGCUUUCCUUCUGGUUCGCCCCAACAACUCGCCCUCCCGGUCUGCUCUUCUCCAGCUUCGGUUCAUAGUUUCUGCAAAUCCCAAAAGACUUGGAAAUAUUAAACAUAACAAACAAACAAACAAACAAGAUUCACAUGGAUUAUUACAAUUUUAGCUCAAAAUCUUCAUUUGGGUCGGAUUUCUCGAGCUUGUUCGACCCUUUUAAGCAUGACGUAAGUGGGUUCGGCGGGGCUUCGCGCGGCGGCGCUGCGGCGAAUCUGCCUCACUCUCUUGUCUUGGACAGUGAGAAAGGCGAGCUUGUUAAGGCUCCGGCGAGAGUGGGGAAAAAAGAGGUGCCUGAGGCCAAGGCUUUGUUGGCUUUGAAGAAUCACAGCGAGGCUGAAAGGAGGAGGAGAGAGCGAAUCAAUGCACAUCUCUCUACACUUCGCGGUCUGGUGCCCUGCACUGAGAAGAUGGACAAAGCCACAUUACUUGCAGCAGUUAUCAGCCAAGUGAAAGAACUGAAGAUGGAUGCCCUAGAAUCCAGUAAGGGGUUUCUCAUCCCAGUUGAUGCUGAUGAAGUGAAAAUUGAACCCUAUGUUGCGGCAGGGGAUGGAAACAUAUCUGUGAAGGCAUCCGUCUGCUGUGAAUACCGGUCUGAGCUUCUCUCUGACCUAAGAGAAGCCCUCGACUCCCUCCACUUAAAAAUGGUGAAAGCAGAAAUAGCGACUUUGGGAAACCGAGUGAAAAAUGUAUUCGUUCUCACCAGCUCCAAACCGGGAAGCAAUGAUUCUGAUGCUGAAGCAUACGAACUUCUUGCAAGUUCGGUUCACCAGGUCCUGAGUUCCGUCCUUGAUAAAGCAUCAGCCUCACCAGAAUACUCGCCAAGAACAACGCUGCUGAGCAAAAGGCGAAGGCUCUCUUACUUCGAUAAAAUCGAUACCUCGAGCUCAUCCUCGUGAGAGCAAGAUUUGUAUGUCUUGGUGAUCAAGAUUGUAAUUUCAAAUAUGGAGUUUGUAUUUGUAUUUUCGGACAUGGAUGCGUGGAUAUAUCAAUUAUUUGAGAUAUCUACAUGUACACAUUGUAAUAUAAAACCUCAAUUAAUCUAUAAGGAACAAGGAGGAAAGACAAAGCUCCUUGGAUUGAAAUAUAAUUUUUAUGGAUGUGUGAUUUCAUACACAAAAUUAGAUUACUAUUUUAAGUGACAAAAUUGCCUUAA